AACUGGGUUUCCGGUCGGACCGAAGACGACGAGGACUUUCGUUGGUGCCUUUUCUCGCUGGAUAACGAUGGCUUUUCCAGAGUUUACAUCGGAAUAAUUAAAGUGGUUGAUGGCCUGCCUCGCUCCUCCCCUCCCGUCUGCUCUCGCCUCAUUUCUUUCCACGUUGCUUCCCUGCGGCUUCGCCGUGGGGCCCUCAGGGCUCUGUGGGGGCAGGAUGGGGCUGUGGUGGGUUGGCCGCUCGCUGCAGGCUGGAUCCCUUCUGGGGAGGGACGGGGACACGGAGUGGGCCUCGAGGUAUCACAGCGACCUGAAGGCUCGCAGCCGAGACGAUGAACUCACGAUGAACUCUGAGUUCAAAAGGGGGCCGGCCAGCAGCACAGAGGCAGAGAAGGCAGUGAUGGAGUCAGCGGUAAAUGAAGAAGCCUCACUACAAAGAGCCAUCUGGAUCAAAUUUGCCUGCCAGGUGCAAAGCCGAGCAGAGCAGAACGUGUCCAUGCAGUGUUCCUGUGGAGAGGUGUGUGCUGGCGAGUGUGUGGAUGUGUGUCUGCGUGUGUGUCAGGACAUCCAGCCAGGGACUGAGCUGCUGCUGUACGGAGACACUGUGGGAAAAAGUCAGACAGCAGACAAACCUGACGCACAGGACGGCACCACCGGGCUGACAGAUAAUGAGGUGAAACACAAAAAAGACCCAGAGACUGAAGUUACCAUCAUAUCGUUCACUGAAGAGACUGAGGACAGACAGGAGGACAGACAGGAGGACAGACAGGAGGACAAAGGACCGCACAGAAACCUGCGCAGGUGCAUGAAGAGGAGUCACAGGACUGCACACCUGAGGAGGAGGAGGAGAGCCGAGAAAACCAGGUCUGAGGCGAGUCCAGACAGGGACAGACUGAAGGAUAGACAGCAGGACAAUAAUAAUAUCAACGCAGACAGUACAGUUAUUGUCCCAGCUGCUGCAGACAGACAGACAGACCCUCGUGUCCCCGCUGCACCUCCUCCGGUCCGCUGCAGCUUCCGUCUCGCCGCUAAACCCCGCCGCGUCCACAGCCUAACCAGCCGGGGGAAACAGCCCACCGCCGCCCCCGACCCUCCCACACAGACAGAGGGACAGAGCGGGAGCGCCAUGGAGGACGCCGUGUUGGUCUCAGAGAAGGACGUCUCCGUAAAGGUCUCACAGCCGGACACCGAGGCGGGAGCUGCAGCGGCGGACGACGUUGCAGCUGCAGACGACGUUGCAGCAGCAGCAGCGAGUGUUUCGUGGAGCCCAGAGGUCAGAGAGAAGCGCUACAGAUGCUCCAGCUGUGGGAAGAAGUUUUACCAGAUCGGCCACUUAAAGAAGCAUCAGUUCAGCCACACGGAGGAGAAACCCUUCAGCUGCCAGGAAUGUGGGAAGAACUACACCUCCGCUGAGAGCUUCAGAGCUCACCAGAUGAGUCACCGCGGGGAGCGUCCCUUCUCCUGCCCGCACUGUGAGAAGACCUACGGCCUGAAGCGGGACCUGAAGGAGCACCUGGUGCUGCACACCGGGGAGAGACCGUACGUCUGCGAGCACUGCGGGAAGGCCUUCGCUCGCCGGCCCUCACUCCGCAUCCACCGCCUGCUUCACUGCAGCAGGAUGAUUUACACACAGCCGCCCAAGGUGCAGUGUACAGUCUGCUCCAAGCUGCUGGCCAACUCCGGUUCACUGAGGAACCACAUGAAGCUCCACACGGGGGAGAAACCUCACAUCUGUCAGCACUGUGGGAAGAGCUUCAGCCAGAAAGGGAACCUCGAGUCCCACCUGAGGAUUCAUAACGGGGAGAAGCCGUAUCCGUGCUCUGAGUGUGACCACAGCUUCUCCCAGAAGCCAGACCUGCGCCGCCACAUGUUCUCCCACACCGGGGGAGGAUUCCUCUGCAGCUACUGCGGGAAGUCUCUGCGGGACCCGCACAGCCUGAAGUCACAUGAGAGGCUGCACACAGGGGAGAGGCCCCAUCGCUGCCCUGUCUGCGGGAAAGGCUACACGUUGGCCACCAAGCUGCGGAGACACAUCAAGUCAGCCCACAUGAUGGAGAAGCCGUACAGCUGCCACUGCGGCGCCUCCUACACAGUGAGACAGAGUCUGCUGAGGCACCAGGCUCAGCACCGGACGGGGGGAGGAGCAACGGAGGAGGAGAAGGCGGGGGAGACAGAGGGAGGACACGGAGAUGCGACGAGGAGCGGCUGCAAGACGAAGGUCAGGCAGGAGUUGGCCUCUACAGGCUACAGCCACCCGAAGCCCAUCAGAGGCAGACCCAAGAAGAACUCGGAGAGAGACGGAGAGGAGGAGGGAGGUCAGGUGAGGCAGAAACGGGGACAAGGGACAACCGAGGAGAAGGAGGCGAGGAAAGUGACCUCCAGAGGAGACGAGGAGGCUUCAGGUAACAUCCAACACGUCGUCUACGUCCACACGGACAGCAUGUCGGCGCCGAGCUCUACGCCUCUGCUGCUCGCCUCCGAGAGCUCGCUGCCUGCAGGGCCGGGCCAGGAGCUGGUUGAGGUGGUGAUCUCAGAGGGAGCGGAGCAGUGCAUUGUGGUCCACGGGCAGCAGACUGUGGGGGAGCUGCUGAUCCUGCAGGAGGAGGGCGGCGGACUCUGCUCCGUGGCACAGACAGUCGAGAUAAACACAGUUUAACCUGAAAAACUGACUCCCGUGGCUCCAACAGUACAGAAGUUUUCCAUCAUUAAUUCAUUAUCAUUAGCGCAUUUUAAUUAAGUUUAUGUUGUUUUUUAUUGGACCCUCCUUCAUUUCUUCAGUUUAUUAUUCUCUGUAAACCCCAGAUCGCUUUUAAAACGACCUCCACAGAACAAAAUUCUAACUCAUUUGACGUUAUUAACUGCAGGAGGGGAGAACAACAACAGCAGCUGGGAAAAAAGUUAAAGUCCAGCCUCACUUAGAUGCCGACACGUUUAGUUCUUGUGUAUAAAUUGUUCCCGGAACCUUUUCAGUGAUUCUUAUUGUUGUGGUUGUUGAACAUCGACGCUCUCUUUGAUUCUGAGUGGCUGACAUCUUCUGUUAAUGCUGGAGAAAAAAGCAAACACUGAGAGCUGUCAGAGUCCAUCUGAAGUCACACUGGAAAUAUCUUGACAUGAUUUUAUCCUCUGAGGUGCAACAAAACAAAAUAAACGGCAGAAAACAAACAGAAAUGCAGCAAAACUGUAGGUUUGUCUUUAUGGAUCUAAAUGUUUUACUUUAUUGUACCUACUAGAGAUGUUCCUACAGGACUAAUUUUCCUAAUUUUUAAAUGGAAGUUUAAACUUUGACAAGUCAACAGUCUUUAAUAGAGAAAAAACAAAAACAACUGUCAAAAUUGAGGACAAUUUGAUUUAUAAGGUAAAAAAUGGUGGUUUAAAUGGGACAUAAAUGUCUGUAUUUUAGCUACACAGUUUAUUAUAGAAAGUGUUCUGAACAUUGAAACUUCACAAGAGCUUAACCCAUAAGAACCCAGACCCAGUAAUCCUUAAAGGAAAAUUAUGGGGGAUAUAUCACAGACCAAGUGGACCACAUAGAACACAUUUAUGAUGUUUUUGUUUUGUUUUUGUUUUUAAAUCUACCCCUAAAUGUCAAAGAUCUGUGAUGUGACAUUGGGCGUUUAUGGUAUGAUAUUUCUUAUUUUAAAAUGAAAAAAUAGACACAUUUUGUACUGUGCACAAACACAAAUUUGCCUUUUUCUUUGCAUUUCCACAACAUUUAUCAAAAUUGUGACAUUAAUAGUGCUGUUUAACAAUAAAUUAUUU